AUGGAAAAACCUUUAGAUCCUGUAGAUUAUUUAGAGAAUAAAUAUGAAAUUUCAAAUACAAAGAAAUUCAUUGAAGAAGGAUGUUUCCAGCGUGUAGCUUUGCAAUUUCCAGAUGAACUAUUAAAAGAUGCAACAAAUGUAUUUCAAAGACUUAGUAUAGAAACAAAAGCAUCAUUUUUUAUCUUAGGAGGUACUUCUUAUGGGAGUUGUUGUGUUGAUGAAAUAGAAGCACAACAUGUGAAUGCAGAUUGUAUUAUUCAUUAUGGACAUGCAUGUUUAAGCAUAACAACACGAUUACCAGUUAAAUAUGUGUUUGAUAAACCGUCAUCAUUAUUUAAUAUAAACAAAUGUUUGGACAAAUUUAAAGCUAUUUACAAUACCGAAGAUUAUAUAAUUUUGGUAGGAAAGCCUUGCUAUAUAAAUAUAUUAGAAAGUAUUUUCUCUAAAUUAAUAUCAUUUGGAUAUAAUAGAAUUAUUAAAGGAGAAGGGGAAUAUAGCGCAAUAAAUAUCACUAAGGCAAUUGGAGAAGCAAUUGUAGCAGAUGAUAAGCAACGUUUAGAUUUAUACAAAAAAUGGUCUAUAUUUUAUAUUGGUGAAAAAUCACCGGGCUUAACAACACUUGCGAUGACAUGUUAUUCUCAUGUUAUGUCAUUUUAUUCAUACAAUCCUGAACAAGAUGAGGUUAUACAUCAAUCACCAAUCAGUGAUAUACAAUUGCGCCGUAGAUAUGCAAUUAUUCAAAAAGCAAAAGAUGUAUCAAUAAUUGGAAUUGUUGUGGGAACAUUAGGUGUUUCUAGAUAUUUAGAAGUGACUUAUCAUUUACGAGAAAUGAUUAAAAAAGCAGGACGAAAAUGCUAUAUGUUUAUAAUAGGAAAAUUAAGUCCAGAAAAAUUAGCAAAUUUUUCAGAAAUACAAAUAUUUGUAUUAGUUAGUUGCUCGGAAAAUUCACUUAUAGAAUCAAAGGACUUUUAUCGUCCAAUUAUCACGCCAUAUGAAUUAUAUUUAGCUCUAUCUUCCGAAAUUUGGAAUAAACAAUGGAUUACGGAUUUUUCUAGCAUACUUUGUUUAAAUUUGAAGGAAGACGAAUUGAUUCGAAAAGAUGAACCUCAAUUUUCUUUAGCUACAGGUCAUCUUAUACAACCAUCUAUUAUACAAGAUGACGAAAUAUUAAUCAAAAAUGAUUCUUUAUCAAAUUCUCAUAAAGGUAUAAUGAAAUUAAAUGAACAUAUGGAAUUAUCAAAUACUCGUAUACAUAGUGUAUCGGCCUAUUUUCAUAAAAAUACAAAAAGUUGGCAUGGCUUAUCGAAAUUAGAAAUACAAACAGAACCUUCUAAACUUGAAACAGGUCAGCAAGGAAUUGCUUCUAAAUAUGAUCAUGAAGAACAUUAA